ACCUUCCCGGCCGCUCGCAGCCCGCAGGGCGGCCUCGCCGCGCUCCGCUCUCCCCGCCGCGGGUGCGCGGUGCCCCGGACAUGAGCGGCGCCGCGGGGAGCGGCGUUCCGCACGCCGGGGAGCCGCAGCGGGAGUCCGGCGUCCCGCUGGAGCUGCCGGCCGCCGCGGGGGAGGCGAGCGGGGACCCCUCGGCGGAGGGGGAAAGCGGCGGCUCUAGCGGCGAGGCGGGGGCGGCGGCCGACGACAAGCCGGAGACCCGCUCGGUGUGUAGCAGCGAGAGCGGCAGCGGCAGCCACCCCGGCGGGGCCGGCCCCAUCUGCAAGAUCUGCUUCCAGGGCCCCGAGCAGGGUGAAUUGUUAAAUCCUUGCCGCUGUGAUGGGUCAGUACGAUAUACACAUCAACUUUGCCUGUUAAAGUGGAUUAGUGAAAGAGGGUCAUGGACCUGUGAACUCUGCUGUUACAGAUACCAUGUUAUAGCAAUUAAAAUGAAGAAGCCUUGCCAGUGGCAAAGCAUUACUAUAACACUGGUUGAGAAAGUGCAGAUGGUUGCUGUAAUCCUAGGAUCUCUGUUCUUAGUAGCAAGUGUGACUUGGCUUCUAUGGUCAGCCUUCAGCCCUUAUGCAGUAUGGCAAAGAAAGGACAUCCUUUUUCAAAUCUGCUAUGGAAUGUAUGGUUUUAUGGAUCUAGUAUGCAUAGGUCUCAUAGUACAUGAAGGUGCAUCUGUUUAUCGAGUGUUUAAGAGAUGGAGGGCUGUGAAUCUACACUGGGAUGUGUUAAAUUACGAUAAAGCUACAGAUAUAGAAGAGAGCAAUCGAGGAGAAUCCUCAGCAGGAAGGACAUUGUGGUUACCACUGACUGCAUUUAGAAACAGAAAUUUAGUUCACCCAACACAGUUAACCUCACCGAGAUUUCAGUGUGGCUACGUAUUGUUACAUCUGUUCAACCGCAUGAGACCUCAGGAAGAUUCAUCAGAGGAUAAUGGCUCUGGGGAAGUAGUAAUGAGAGUGACCUCAGUGUAAAGAUUAAGCUCACUGUGCUACACAGAUAAGAAUAACAUGCCCUGAUGUUACAGGGGUUUGGAAUGUAGCUACAAUGAAUGGUAAAACCAUUAACACUUGAAAAAACAACAACAAGAACAACACAUUUUUUUAAAAGUUUAAUGCUUUUUAUACGAUCAGCUAAUUCACAAAUACAUUUUUCUGA